AUGGAACUGCUCAUAAUCUUCGCAAUUUUGAUAAAAUUGUCAUCUUGCAUAGAAACUCAUUUUGGAUCAUGUCCACAUGUAUCACCAAGAUCCAACAUAACAAUAGGAAAUAUAUCAGGAAUUUGGUAUGACAUCAUGAAAUAUCAGUCAAUAUUUGCAAAAGGACGUUGCAUAUCAUUCAAUAUUCAUGACAUCCCAAACAACAUAAUAAGCAUAACAGUCUCAGAACAAAAUGAUGGAGAAAUAGAAAAUUCAACACGCAGAGGAAAAGUUCAUAGUGAUGGAAGCUUCGAGUUCAGCUUUACAUUCUUGAAAUUUUCUGCAACAUUCUACAUUUUGGACACUGAUUACCACAACUAUAUAGUCGGAUUUGGAUGUAAAGACGUAGCAUAUAUGGUCAACAUGCAAAUGGCAAUUAUUUGGGGACGAGAACGAGAGUUGAGUGAUGUGUACAUAUCCAAAGCAUAUGACGUGCUCAAAAACAACAAAAUAUCUACAGCUGGAUUGGAAAAAAGUGAACAAAGUCGAUGUCAUUGAAAUAUUUGUUGUGGUAUCUUACAGGAAGUUGUUAUGGUUUUUUUUUUUUUUGUGAAAAUGUUCUUGCAUUUCUGAUUGAA